UUAUCGGUAUGAGAAACUGUGAGAAAGCUGAAAACGAAUUUAUGUUGAAAUUUGCAUUAUAUUUGUUUUUAGCUAAUAUUACCUAGAAAAUAAAUUAUUUUUAGUGUUAAUUAAUUAAUAGAAACUAAUAAAUCGCGCACAGAAAAAGUUAAUCGCCUCCAAUAUAGUGAAACAAUUUUAUUAGGUGAAAAAAAAAAAAUCAAUCAAAAAAGUGAAGAAAAAUCUGUCGACAUCAUCAAUAGUGUGAAUGCCAGGGAAAAAAAUUACAGGCGCAACUUUGUAGAAUAUCCCUUUGUAAAAUACUUUAAAGGAAAGAGAAAUAUAAAAAUCAAGUAAAUGAACUAACUUAUAUGUGCAGUUAAAAGAGUCUGAAUAUUAAUAACCAUUUAUUUGAGAACCAAUUAUUAACUGAGCAAAAUGGCUUUGAAGAAGGUGAAAGGGAAUUUCGAGCGUAUGUUCGACAAGAACCUUACUGAUUUGGUGCGUGGUAUAAGGAAUAAUAAGGAUAACGAGGCCAAGUAUAUAGCACAAUGUAUAGAAGAAAUCAAACUGGAAUUGCGCCAGGAUAACAUCAGCGUUAAAUGUAAUGCUGUAGCUAAAUUAACUUAUAUACAAAUGCUUGGAUACGACAUUUCUUGGGCCGGAUUCAAUAUUAUUGAGGUAAUGAGUUCCUCUCGGUUCACAUGUAAACGCAUUGGGUACCUGGCGGCAAGUCAAUGUUUUCAUCCUGAAAGCGAAUUAUUAAUGUUAACAACAAAUAUGAUUCGAAAAGAUUUGAAUUCACAAAAUCAAUAUGAUGCUGGCGUGGCACUAAGUGGACUAAGCUGUUUUAUCUCCCCGGACUUAUCACGAGAUCUAGCAAAUGAUAUUAUGACACUGAUGAGUUCGACUAAACCUUAUUUACGUAUGAAGGCCGUCCUUAUGAUGUAUAAAGUAUUUUUGCGCUAUCCAGAAGCACUGAGACCUGCAUUUCCUAAAUUAAAGGAAAAACUUGAAGACCCUGACCCAGGUGUCCAAUCCGCAGCUGUCAAUGUGAUCUGUGAGUUGGCUCGCAAAAAUCCUAAGAACUAUCUGCCUUUAGCACCUGUAUUUUUCAAGCUCAUGACAACUUCAACCAAUAACUGGAUGUUAAUUAAAAUAAUUAAGCUGUUUGGCGCUUUAACUCCUUUAGAACCCCGGCUAGGAAAGAAAUUAAUAGAACCUCUCACAAAUCUUAUUCAUAGUACUUCCGCAAUGAGUUUGCUUUAUGAGUGCAUAAAUACAGUAAUCGCAGUGCUGAUAAGCAUUAGCAGCGGGAUGCCAAAUCACAGUGCCUCAAUACAGCUUUGUGUGCAAAAAUUGCGCAUACUCAUCGAAGACUCCGACCAAAAUUUGAAAUAUCUGGGGCUACUGGCCAUGUCCAAGAUUUUGAAAACUCACCCGAAAAGCGUGCAGGAACACAAAGACUUGAUUUUAGCAUGUCUAGACGAUAAGGACGAAUCUAUUCGGCUUCGGUCUCUUGAUUUACUUUAUGGUAUGGUAUCGAAGAAAAAUCUCAUGGAAAUUGUCAAACGUUUAUUGGGACAUAUGGAGCGCGCGGAGGGAUCGUUAUAUCGUGAUGAAUUGCUCUACAAAGUUAUUGAGAUUUGCUCACAGAGUUCCUAUUUGUACGUUACGAAUUUCGAAUGGUAUUUAACUGUUUUGGUGGAAUUAAUUCAACUGGAGGCGGGUUCCAAGCAUGGUCGUUUAAUCGCUGAGCAACUGUUGGACGUUGCUAUACGUGUGCCAGUUGUUCGACAAUUUGCAGUUAAUGAAAUGACGAACUUGCUAGACACAUUUCCCGUGUCCUCUCAAAGUCAUUCAAUGUACGAGGUGCUUUAUGCAGCAGCAUGGAUUGUAGGCGAAUUUUCAAACGAUUUAGAAGAUGCGGAGAAGACGUUGAAUAUUUUAUUGCGUCCCCGGCAAUUACCCGGCCAUAUACAGGGCGUAUUUGUGCAAAAUGUUACUAAAAUAUUUACAAGACUGGCCACUACAUGCUUGGAAAGUGAAGAUGUAGAGAGUUUAAUUCGACUUUGCAACCAUGUUUUGGAGAAACUGCAAACAUUUAGCAGUAUAAAUGAUAUUGAAGUGCAAGAACGUGCAAAUUCAGCUUGUAUUCUAAUUGAAAUGCUUCGUUCGCAAUUCCACGUGUCUGAUAGUAGGUCUGAAUUGUAUAACAAAAAUCAGACAAAAACUUCGUUCGAUAUCAUCUCUACAGAUGAUAACAAGAAUUUGGCCAAGCCGCUCACUGUUAUACCAACGUUUGCUAUUGAAAUUGUGCAAGAAAUGGCAUUACUAUUUGAUGGUGAGCUUAUACCAGUAGCACCGAAAGCACAACGCAAAGUGCCUCUACCAGAAGGGCUCGAUUUGGAUGAGUGGAUAAAUGGGCCACCUGAAGAUGAAAGCAGUAACUCGUCGCAGGAGGACAAAGAUGAACUAUUUAUAUCAGCCGCGCAUAGUGAGGAGGGAACAUUGGGAAAGCGACGUAAAAGCGAAGAACUGACCCCAGAGCAGAUUGAACGGAAUCGAAUGGCUCGUCUGAUAGAACAGUCUCACAAUCCACAUUAUUUGAAGUCAUUGCCUUCAGUAACAGAUGGAAAUAAACAAAAACCAGCAAGUGCAAGCAAUUCAAAUUACAAUGUUGAUCAGUAUGAUAAUAUCGAUGACAUACCGAUUUCGGAAUUAUCUCUGGAUGUGCCACUACAGAUAGGUGUAAAACGUUCCGAUCGCUACCUUAUGCAAGAGAAGACAAUAAAUAAGGAGAAGAAGAAACAUAAGAAAUCGAAAAAAAGCAAAAAGACAAAAAAUAAAGUAGCUUACAGUAGCUCCGAAUCUGAAGAUGAUUCCAAGCCGCUCCAUAUAGUUAAUACAACUAUGGAUAUGCCAGAGGGUGUGGCUCUAUCAGACAGUGAAGAUAAAGACUCCAAGUUUGAUCCAAAUGAUCCCCAUCGUGCGCUAAAUAUUGAAUUGGACAUUCCCGAUCUAGAAGAACCCAAAACGCGGAAGCGCGAAGCUAAAUCUGCGCCGAGUAAUCAAAAUAACAAUCCUGUAACUAUGUCAAGCGAUACUAUCAGUAACAAGAAAAAAGAAAAGAAAAAAUCCAAGGAGAAAGAUUCAGUUGCUUUGAAAUCUGAAAGCAUUGAGACAACCGAAGCAUCGAAAACGCACACUAAAUCCAAAACAAAGAAAAAAUCCCAUAAUGCAAAGAACACCAACUUGUUGGACAUUUCUCCAGAAAAUGAGGAAAGCUUAGCACCGAUGUCCGUGACUGUAGAAAAACAAAAGAAGGAUAAAUCGCAUAAAUCUAAAGAUAUCAGUGGAGAAGAUUAUAUCAAAAAGAAAGAAAAAAAGAGCAAACGCCAUCAUCACCGUUACGAAGGUAAGGAGAAGAAAAAGGAUAGUAAUGCAUCGUCAAUAGGAGGCUACGAAGAAGCCAUUGGCAUUUCAACACCAAGCAAGGAAAUCAUUUAAUUUAAGCAAUGUAUUUUUGUUACAUUGUACGCGCAUAACCGUCCUCUGCAGUUUUUUUCUUGCAAGCUUCAAUAAUGAAUUGAAAAAUAAAUGUAUAGGAUUAGUAAAAUGGGCAGGGUCAAUUAUGCUUUGUGAAGUAAAGUUUCAUAGAAGAGACACUUAUAUCGACACGAAACAAGGAGAUAUUCAAUAUGAUAUAUUUCGCAACUCAAAGUUGAUUGAGAAAUGGAAACUUUAAUUGCAACAGGUUUUUUUUAUCUUUUUUUUUAAUUUUUUUAACACUGAAUGCGAAUUGUAUGAAUUAAAAUUCGUUCUUAAAAACAUUUAAAAGCUUUGUGAAAGACGUACUCCAUUGCUAAGAUAUAUACAAAAUCAUCUCUAUGGAUUUUAUUUAACAAUGUAAAUAGAAUUUAUUUGUUUACGCCAGAAGAAUGUGUAUCGUUGAUGCAACCAACAGUUUGGAACCAAAACUUGUACACCUCCUCGGCUGUAUAAAUUUGGCAUUUUUGUCUCAUGUGUAUGCUUUAAUACUGCAAACACUUGAAAACAUCUUUCUUUGCUUUAGAAACUUUAAUUAUAUAUAUAUAUAUAUUAUAUAAGCUUAUACAUCCAGACAGUUUGUCGAGAUAUGAAUUAUGAACACAAAGAAUAUUGAUUUAUAAAUGCAUCAACAAUCGUAUAUCCUACUGUAGCAGAUUAAAAGGGAAAUCGUUAAUAUGCAUUACUUAAUCCCUAGUUAAGAUAUGAAUUCUUAUAAAAUAUGAUUCUAUUGUAUAAUACAUAGUAAGUUUAUAAAGUGAAUGCAUAACGAUCAAAUAAAUAAAGUUAUACACCUACAUAUGUACAUAAAAA